AUGGCAGACCCAUUUUCCAUCACCGGCAGCGCCGUCGGUGUCGUUUCUCUCGCCAUCCAGGUUUGCAAAGGCCUGGAAUGGUACCUCAGUGGCGUCAAAGAAGCGAAGAACAAGGCUGAACAAAUCGCCGCGGAAACGGAGGAACUCGCAAACCUUCUCGAACGACUUGAAACCGUCAUCGGGAAAGUGGAUCCUUCCCAGUCGGUUUCAGCAACACGCACCGGCAUCGUGUCGUGUGCGAAUGCGAUCGCGACUAUCAGAAAGAAGCUCAAACCGGACGACCACGCAGCGAACAGCGGGAUCAAGUCAAGCUUGAAGAGAUUGACCAAGCGGCUUGCUUUUCCAUUCAAGGAAGCGGACAUUACAUACUGGAAAGAUGCUCUCAACACCAUACAGCAAAGUCUACAGACUGCGCUACUCGCCCUCGUCAUCGACCAACAGCGGUUGGCUUCUGAAAAUGCUCGGUUGCACUACACCCAGCUAUCCGUGGACCAAAGCCUACAUCACUUCUCGAAUCUACAGCUGCAACGCGAUGCAGUUUGUAUCUAUGUUAGCUUUCAGGAUCGCACCGAAGGCUUUGCCAAUGCCUUUGAGAACCUUGGUUAUCUGUUCAAGAUUCUCCUUCCACUAAUGCUAAGUGAGGCUUUCGAGACAGACGACAGAGGAGCUACAUGCAUCGACACUCUCAGGGAAUAUGACCCCCCCGCCCAGAACAGGGACGCCUACAUAGGUCUCUUAAGAUCGCUAUUCGAACAGGAUCUGCAGAUAACACGGUAUACUUACGAAACGGCAUCGUACAGAAGCAACGACGGAUUAUCAAUCUUGGCCGAGAUUCCCUACGAAAGUUUCACCAGCCCAUUACUAGACGACAGCGCCUUACUGGAGGCGAUCUUUAUGAAAUCUGACCAUCAACUCCAGGAGUUCUUACAUCAACCCAAGUACCUACCCGCUCUAGAUGUCGACACACUAGCCAACGCUCUGAUCAUAUCUACCGUUAUCGGCUGGACGGAUGGUUGCAAAGUCCUGCUCAAUGCCAACUUAUUUGAACAUCUGGAAGACCCCAGCUCCGACGUGCUGUUCUCCAGUCGAGGUCUACUCACGAUCUCAGCCGCUCUAAAUCGACUGGACAUGUUGCAAUUUUGGUUGUCACAGAGGGAGACGUGUGAUGAACCACUGCUCAGUCUGAUUGGCCAUAUUGAGGAUGCGCUUCAUGUCGCUGAGGGGACUACAUUUGAAGUCACCACAAUCGAGGCUAUACAGCUCGCCUCAAAAGAGUAUAAGAUCCUCCUCGAUUUGACCCUCCGCAUCGAGCACUGGGACGAUCCUGAUUAUACCAAGCAGCCAUACCCCCGGUAUUCUCCAAAGGACCUUCGGCGCAUAACCAAUGAGGACGCACAUCUACGCGCGCGUCUCGAACAGCUGGUCCCCGAGCUUAUCACACAACACGACCAUUUCGAGGGAAAGCUCCAAGACUUCGUCAUCGACGUUCUUAUUCCGACAAUGCGCAGGACUGCGAAGGAAUUGAAAGAGGAAGACAAGACACUAUACGCGGCGGGGCGAAGAGAAUUGGGUGUUAUAAUGGAUGAGGAUGAAGAUGAGACUGAAGAAGAAGAGAAUGAUGCGGAGGAGGGAGAGGUUGACUUCGAGGAAGAGUCGGACGACGAGUACUAA